CUGACAACUGUCCAACUUACGUUGAUUGCUUUCAUCGGCUAUUGCACAGUCUUAGUCGAAGGACAGGCUCCAGCUGCGUCUGGGAUGUCACUACCGAUUCCGAUAUCAACCAAGGGUCAAGCCUUCGACUUGGGUCGUCUGUUCGGCGGAAAAAGUGGGGACCCGAUGUGGACGCUGAUUGAUCGCAAUCUGCCCGAGGUGCAGCAGAUGAUCGAUCAGACCAAGCAGAGCUGUAUGGCCAAGCUGCAGAUGACGGGGCCGCAGCGUUCGCUCAUCCGUGAACCACGACCAACGCCCAAGGAGAAGUGCCUGGUGGAGUGUGUGCUGAAGGGCAUUGGACUGAUGGACAGCGUGAGCAACCGUCUGAAUUUGCAACGCGUGGAGCAGCUGACGAGCAAAGUGACCGAGGACAAUAAGCUGGCCAUUGCUCUAGGCUGCAGUCUGGCUCAAAGUUGCAAUCGCUCGAUCAAUGUUCCAUCGAAUAAGCCCUGCGAAGCGGCCCAUCAGCUGAACCAGUGCAUCGGUCGGCAUCUGGAUCGCAAUCGGGUCAAGCUGCACUGGUAGA